UCACAGCGUACAAUUCAGCACUAAAUAAUUCUACGCCGCGCGCUUUCGACUGCUCUCACGCACUCUUCGGCUCCUUUCUAUAUUCACAUCUCUAAAAUACGAAGCAUAACCGACUCUUGUGCCAAUCGUUGAAGCGGCAUCUGAAAUCAUCCUGAACUGCUUAGAUCUAGCCUGUUUGCAUAGAUUUCGUCUACAUAAUGUUUCUCACCAGAAGCGAAUACGAUCGGGGUGUCAGCACAUUCUCGCCUGAAGGUCGCCUAUUCCAGGUCGAAUAUGCCAUUGAAGCCAUCAAACUCGGAUCAACCGCGAUCGGUGUUGCGACGGCUGAGGGUGUUAUCUUGGGUGUGGAGAAGCGCGCCACGUCAGUGCUGCUAGAAUCAUCAUCGAUCGAGAAGAUAGUGGAGAUUGAUAGACACAUUGGUGCUGCCAUGAGCGGCCUGACUGCCGAUGCCCGGACGAUGAUUGACCACGCCCGCGUUGAGUCGCAGAAUCAUCGUCUGACCUUUGACGAAUCCAUGAAGGUCGAAUCCGUCACCCAGUCCGUGUGCGAUCUCGCUCUCAGAUUCGGAGAAGGAGCUGAUGGAGAGGAGAGCGUGAUGUCUCGUCCAUUUGGCGUUGCGCUGUUAAUAGCCGGUGUGGAUGAGAACGGCCCUCAGUUAUAUCAUGCCGAUCCUUCGGGAACUUUUUAUAGAUACGAUGCAAAGGCCAUCGGCAGCGGAAGCGAGGGUGCGCAAGCAGAACUGCAAAACGAAUAUCACAGCUCUCUCACGCUGGCAGAGGCCGAGCAGUUGGUUCUGAAGACACUGAAGCAGGUUAUGGAGGAGAAGCUGGAUGCCAAGAACGUCCAGCUUUCUAGCGUGACUCCUGAGCAAGGCUUCAGAAUAUAUUCUGAUGAUGAGAUGAAGGCGGUUGUCGAGCGACUGGAGGGUAGCGAGGUUCCUCUCGUUUAGGGUGCUAACAUGCAUUUUCUUGUAAAAUAACCUGAAUAUGAACGC